UCUCAGCAGGUAUGUUCACAGUUAACAAGACUUCCCUCUCCGUUCCUCUACCCCUACUCUCCCUCAGCUCUACCUACAUAUUAAUAUCUUACUUAGUCGCUACUGUUAUUUUAGGUAUCGCGUGUAACUGUGCAAUUCUCCACGGGUUAGUGUUCCGAGACGCCCUAAAACAGGAUAGAAUCAGCAGAGUGUUGACCACAAACUUUGCAAUAACAGAUAUCCUCAUCACUCUGUCCCUGAACCUUCCUGUCCUGGUUACAGUCGUCAAUAAGGGCUGGGACCUGGGGCCUGUUCUCUGCAGUUUCACUCACUACUUCUACCAGGUAUUAGUAAUCAACAAGCUCUGGGUAAUGGUCAUAGUAUCAGCGUACCGUGUUUGGAUGGUCAGACAACCCGCGUCCGUCCGAGAAAUCAUCGAAAAGAAACCGUGGGUGAAGAUAUGUGGUGGAGUAGCUGCUGGAUCUGGUGUGGUGGUGGUCAUCUUGGAGGGGGUCAGUGCUCGAAACAACGUCUUCUUUGAUCCCAACAGACUGUCCUGUUACGGUGGCAACUUCUACGGAGAGAGAGCACUUUACUCUCUGCUAGUCCUCACUCCCUUUUACCUGGCCCCCAUUGUCAUGACACUGGAACUACUCCUCCAGCUACUCAUUAUUAUUACUGUUCAGGCCAGGGCCGCCAGAAUCAGGGACUGCCAACUGCUCAAUGAGAAGCAGGGUAGACGACUCUUAAUAGGAUCUGCGUUACGAAUCCUAGUCGUGUCAGCCCACUGUCUACCUAUGAUUUCUAUGUUUGCCGACUAUGUUCACUAUGGGAGGAGACGGCAGAGGGUGGUUACUGAUGGGGACGGUCAUGAUAGUGUCCUUCAAGCUCUGGGGUGGACUUUCGUUCUGUUACCCUUAAACUGCACCAGCCCUCUUAUAUACCUUACUGUAAAUCAACAGUUCAGAGACUAUAUCAGUGAUAUUUCUGAGGAGACGGUCGGCUGGGUUCACGAGGUUAUGGGUAGAGUGACACGAAACAGAGACUUUCACUUUCACUUUCCCUUUCACAGACUUAACUCUGCCAAUGCUAGUGCGAGUGAUGAUUUACAGCCAGAUUGUGCUGAUGUCGCGAAAUUAUGAUAUUUACAAAUUUCAGUGGGUAUUUGCAUUUACUAGGUUAUUUAGUUCAUUUUAUUGCAUUUAACCGAAUUUAUUACUUCAAUUUUCAUCA